AUGGGAGCAAAUAGCAGCAGCAUCAGUGAGCUUCCAGAAAAUGAGUACUUAAAAAAGUUAUCAGGAGCAGAGCCCAUCUCCGAGAAUGAUCCGUUCUGGAAUCAGCUGCUGUCUUUUAGCUUUACCACUCCAACAAACAGUGCUGACUUAAAGCUCUUGGAAGAAGCCACAGUCUCAAUCUGCAAGUCUUUAGUUGAGAAGAAUCCUCGAACAGGAAACCUUGGGUCAUUGAUUAAAGUCUUUCUUUCUAGAACCAAAGAGUUAAAAAUUUCAGCAGAAUGUCAGAAUCACCUCUUUAUUUGGCAAGCUCACAAUGCACUGUUUAUUAUUUGCUGUUUGCUGAAAGUAUUCAUCAGUCAAAUGUCAGAGGAGGAGCUGCAACUUCAUUUUACUUAUGAAGACAAAGCACCGGGCUCAUACGGAACAGAAUGUGAGGACCUAAUAGAAGAAUUGCUGUGUUGCCUCAUCCAGCUCAUUGUUGAAAUUCCCCUCUUAGAUAUUACAUACAGCAUUUCUUUGGAAGCUGUGACAACACUCAUCGUCUUCCUCUCCUGCCAGUUAUUCCGCAAAGAAAUUCUGCGAGAGAGCAUCAUCCACAAACACCUGAUGCGUGGCCGAUGUCUCCCAUACACCAGCAGACUUGUGAAAACUUUACUAUAUAAUUUCAUUAGACAAGAAAGAAGCCCUCCUCCAGGGACCCAUGUCUUUCAGCAGCAAAGUGAUGGAGGAGGACUGCUUUACGGAAUUGCAUCUGGGGUGGCAACUGGCCUGUGGACAGUCUUCACGCUCGGUGGGGUGGGCAGCAAACCAACGCCGCAGCUGGAGCAGUGUUCCCCUCUAGCUAACCAGAGCCUACUGCUGCUGCUGGUCUUGGCCAAUCUCACCGAUGCUCCAGAUACGCCGAAUCCCUACAGGCAAGCUAUUAUGUCCUUCAAGAACACCCAAGAUAGCACUGCUUUUUCAUCAUCAAAUCCACAUGCUUUCCAGAUUAAUUUUAACAGCUUAUACACAGCUUUGUGUGAGCAGCAGAAAUCUGAUCAAGCGACUCUUCUUUUAUACAUGCUUCUGCAUCAAAAUGGCAACGUACGGACAUACGUGUUGGCACGAACGGACAUAGAAAAUCUUGUUCUGCCAAUUCUUGAGAUUCUGUAUCAUGUUGAAGAAAGGAAUUCACACCAUGUUUACAUGGCUCUGAUCAUUCUGCUGAUCCUUACAGAGGAUGAUGGCUUCAACCGAUCCAUUCAUGAAGUGAUAUUGAAAAAUAUCACCUGGUAUGCUGAGCGUGUCUUAACAGAGAUCUCACUUGGGAGUCUCCUGAUAUUAGUUGUGAUAAGAACCAUCCAGUACAACAUGACACGGACAAGGGACAAAUACCUUCAUACAAAUUGUUUGGCAGCCUUAGCAAAUAUGUCAGCACAGUUCCGCUCGCUUCAUCAGUAUGCGGCUCAGAGGAUCAUCAG